GGUGCCGUUGAGGUGUUGUGUGCCUUCCUGUCUGUCUUUCUCCUUCCAACCAUUUCCUUCUAUCCCCCCUUUACCUUUUUCUUUUCCUCGCCAUAAUUUCCAAUCUCUCAACAAUCCCAUUCUUAUUUCCUUUAAAUACUUCAGAGAUUGAAAUGCCCUUCUCCGAUUGAACCACCCACAGGCCUGAGAUUGCCUUUCUUUUCUUGAUCGGUGAUCCUGCUUGUCUGCUUCCAGUUUAUCUCCCUCCGGAGUUUUUUUCUUCUUUGUUUUCUGAGGAGGAUUCUUGGAGAACAUGACGAGGGCUAGAGGAGCCGCCGCUGUUAAACAGGCGGCGGCGGCGGCGGCGGCGGAACUCAAUGGAUCCGGUUCAAGGGCUGUUUUAAAAGAGCCAAGGUACCGGGGCGUGAGGAAGAGACCGUGGGGUAGAUUUGCCGCCGAGAUCAGAGACCCCAUGAAGAAAGCUCGUGUCUGGCUGGGCACCUUCGACUCCGCCGAGGAAGCGGCUCGAGCCUACGAUGCCGCCGCGAUAGCCCUCCGUGGACCCAAGGCCAAGACCAAUUUCCCUCUCUCCCCUUCUUCAUUUUCGCCGUUCUGCUACCCCACCACCAACCCCAAUGUCAACGACGACGUCUUGGAUCACCGGUUGUACGGGAACAAUGGUUUUCAGGAGCACCAGAUUAAUCCCCAGAGACCUGCCACCAGUAGCAUGAGUAGUACAUCCUUCAGCGGGCCACGGCCACCGUCCACGACGGCUCCGACUGCGGCAAACCGGAGAUACCCCCGGACGCCGCCCGUCAUGCCAGAGGACUGCCAUAGCGACUGCGAUUCGUCGUCUUCGGUGAUCGACGGCGACGGCGAAGUCGCCGAUUUCGCGUCAUCUUCUUUCCGUCAACCGUUGCCCUUCGACCUCAACUUCCCACCGUUGGAUAUCGCGAACGUGGCGGGUGAAGAUCUUCACUGUACCGCUCUCUGCCUCUGAUCUCGAAUCAAAGAUUAUGAUUCUUCAUUUUUUUUCUUUACCCUUGUAUUUUUGUUCCCCUUUUUUUAUGCGGAAAAAAUACCAAAAAAAAGAAGAAAAAAAGAUGAUGAUCAGACAUGAGAUUAUGAUGGUAUGAUCUUAAUUCUGUGAGUGUAAUCUUCAGCCACGGUGUUCCAACAGGGGUAUCGAUCAAUUCUCUUCCACUUUCUCUUCAAAAAGAUGAAAAAACAAUGAAAAAAAAUGUCACGAUCUUUAUGUCACUCAAGAAUUUUAUGGAUUAGGGUUUGUAGUUGGCAUAUCCAAUGUCCAAUGUGGGUGUUCAUGUCGCAUUUUCAUCUGGUUCUUGUCUUGCUAUCAGUAUGUAUAUAUAAAUGCUACGAGUUAAGAAAGUUAGAAUUAGCUGUUACUCAAAUUGCUUCUAUCUCUUGCAAUACCUUGAAAAUAGAUUCCAUUACUGGUUUGGUUUCAUUUU